AUGAGGAAGGUUCCCAACGUCAUCCUCGGCAGGUAUGAGUUUCUCGGCUCAACACCAGCAGCAUCAGCGACUCACUCCAUGGGCAGGGGCGUGGUUUCAUCCUCUUUGGUUUUGAUUGACGGCUGGCAGGCUCUGACACGUGACUAUCACGCACACCUACAUCGCCAUGACGAUGUUCAAUCGAUGUAUCGUGCAGCCCUGCCUCAGACCUUCAGACCUUCAGACCUUCAGACCCUCAGACCCUCAGACCUUCAGACCUUCAGACCCUCAGACCUUCAGACCCUCAGACCCUCAGACCUUCAGACCUUCAGACCCUCAGACCUUCAGACCCUCAGACCUUCAGACCCUCAGACCCUCAGACCUUCAGACCUUCAGACCCUCAGACCUUCAGACCUUCAGACCUUCAGACCUUCAGACCCUCAGACCUUCAGACCCUCAGACCUUCAGACCUUCAGACCUUCAGACCCUCAGACCCUCAGACCUUCAGACCCUCAGACCUUCAGACCCUCAGACCUUCAGACCUUCAGACCCUCAGACCUUCAGACCUUCAGACCUUCAGACCCUCAGACCCUCAGACCUUCAGACCUUCAGACCCUCAGACCUUCAGACCUUCAGACCUUCAGACCCUCAGACCUUCAGACCCUCAGACCUUCAGACCCUCAGACCUUCAGACCUUCAGACCCUCAGACCUUCAGACCUUCAGACCCUCAGACCUUCAGAUCCUCAGACCUUCAGACCUUCAGACCCUCAGAUCUUCAGACCUUCAGACCCUCAGACCCUCAGACCUUCAGACCUUCAGACCCUCAGAACUUUAGUUUCACACUGGCGCCCCCUCCAGGCCUGUUCUGCAGCUUUAGAGCCCCCCCAGGAGUCUGUCAGCAGGUCUUUGUGGUGUUGAAGCUGCUGGAGGAGGUGAAGCAGAUAAUCCAACCAGACCUGCUUCCAAAAUUUCAAAAUAAAAUGUCCUCAAAUGUGUUGAAUUGUUUCUGCAGCCGUGAACUCCUUUAUUUCAGGACUAAAGCCAAAGGUUGGAGGUUGGACUGCAGACACCCUCUCAGAGACCUGGGAGUCCUGCAGCAGCUCUGA